AAAAAGCCUCGUAGGCACAGAAACGUAACGCCCCAACAGAGUGGAAGCACGAACACCGGGAGUGGAACAAGCAAGCCACGCGGGCGAUGUUCAGUGAGAGAUCCGAGAAAACUUAGUGGUGGUGGUGGUGCCGUGGUGGACGGGGAGAGAGAGAAAGACAGAGAGAGAUGGGUUGCUCGUUUUCUGGACUGAACGCGCUCUACGACGCCGUGAACGGAGGCGGAGACGUCUGGAUCAACGAGAAUCGCUUCCGAAUCAUCAGGCAGCUCGGCGAAGGUGGCUUCGCCUACGUCUACCUCGUCAAGGAGGUCCUCACCGAUGCCGCUGCCGCUUCAGGCGGUGGCAUCGCCCAAAAAUUCAAGGAUCCCUCUCACGCCUCUGAUGAUGGAACUUAUGCUAUGAAGAAAGUGCUCAUUCAGAAUACUGAGCAAUUAGAGUUGGUGAGGGAGGAGAUCCAUGUUUCGUCCUUGUUUAGCCAUCCGAACCUGCUCCCACUUCUUGACCAUGCUAUAAUAUCAGUAAAGCCUACACAAGAAGGAUCCUGGAAGCAUGAGGCAUACUUGUUGUUUCCAGUUCAUUUGGAUGGAACAUUACUGGACAAUGCUAAAGCUAUGAAGGCUAAGAAGGAAUUCUUUUCUACGUCAGAUGUUCUUCAUAUAUUUCGGCAGCUUUGUGCUGGACUCAAGCAUAUGCACAGUUUUGAUCCUCCAUAUGCACAUAAUGAUGUCAAACCUGGUAAUGUCCUUGUAACACAUAGAAAGGGACAGCCACCUCUUGCAAUUUUGAUGGAUUUUGGAAGUGCUCGUCCCGCAAGGAAACAAAUUCGCUCUCGUUCCGAGGCACUACAGUUGCAGGAAUGGGCAUCUGAGCACUGUUCAGCACCGUUCCGAGCUCCUGAAUUGUGGGAUUGCCCAAGCCAUGCAGACAUUGAUGAAAGAACUGAUAUCUGGUCACUAGGGUGCACAAUGUUUGCAAUAAUGUAUGGUGCAUCUCCAUUUGAGUAUGCACUUGGGGAAUCUGGAGGAAGCCUUCAGUUGGCCGUUGUAAAUGCACAAGUAAAGUGGCCUGCCGGGCCUAACCCUCCAUAUCCAGAAGCUCUGCAGAAGUUCGUGACAUGGAUGCUCCAGCCUCAGCCCACCGUUCGACCACGCAUCGACGAUAUCAUCAUUCAUGUCGACAAGUUGAUCUCAAAGUUCUCUCCUUGAAAAGAAGUGGGCCACCGGAGCAGUGUUGAAUCAGUUCGUUUGGGUGAUGAAUUCAGCUAGCCUUCAUCACUUCAGUUUAUUGUGAAAAAUGUGAUGACAAAAAAAGCAAACAUAAAAGUUCUUGUUAUGAUGGUUAUAUAGAUCUCUUAGAGCACAUCUACAUCCAGCCACCGCAACGGUUUAAUCUUAUUGUAUUGCUUUAACAGCAGUUAUUCAAUUUUUUCUUUUGUAAUUGAAGCUACCAUAUGUCUCCUUUGUGUUCGUUAAAUAGCAUUUUGGGAGAAUAAUUUAAUGAAUCCAUCUCAUUUACUCA